UCCCACUCCCCCCCUCGCUCUCCAAACCCCAACGAAACCCCACCGCCGGCGCCGACCACCGCAAUGGCCGCCGGCGAGCACCCCUUGGUCGAGGAAUCCACGGUCCCCAUGGCCUCCGCCGCCGACCCCUCCGGCCCCCGCGUCCGGCCGGCCCUCUUCCUGCGGCCCCGUGCCGGGUUCGGCGCCCCUCUCCCGGCCCCGCCCGGCGACCCCGGCUCCGGCCCGCCCCGCGUCCGCGGGGUCCAGGCGGAACUCAGGGGCUGGGCGUGCGUGCCCCGGAGGUGGCGGGAGUGGGUGGGCAGGCUCCGUCCGCGGCACGAGGCGCUGUGGCGGGAGCUCGGGAUCCUGGGCGGCGUCCUCGCCAGCACGUGCCGGGUGCGGCGGCGCAAGCACGAGCGCGCGCUGCUCCAGCUCACCGCCUUCUGGUCCGCCGCCACCGGCACCUUCGUCUUCCCCUGGGGCGAGGCCACCGUCACCCUCGAGGACGUCGCCGCGCUCGCGGGCCUGCCCCUGCUCGGCGGCCCCCUGCGCGCGCCCGUCUCGGGCCAGCUGGAGAAGGACGUGGGCGCGAUCCAGGCCGUCCUGGCCGUGCUCAACCGGAGCAAGAAGAAGAAAGCAAGUUACGGCGGGUGGGUGAAGCACUUCCUCGAGCGCGCGCCCGAGAAGGAGGCGGCGGCGUCCGCGGACGCGGGCGUCGGCGGCGGCGCUGGGGAGGCGCGCGAGCUGGUCGAGCACGGCGCGUUCCUGGCCAUGUGGCUCUCCUUCUUCGUGCUCCCGGGGCCGCCGUUCAACGUGGUUCGCCGAGAGGUGCUCCCCAUUGCGGCCCGCCUCGCGCUCGGCCAGAGCGUCGCGCUCGCGCCUGCCGCGCUCGCCAGCAUUUACCAUGAUCUCUCCGCGCUCAAACGCCACAUAAGCUUGGGCAAGGAAAAGGAGCUGUUUGUGGCCUCGGCACCAGUGCACAUCGUCCAGCUUUGGGUCUGGGAGCGUUUUCCCCAGCUUCGCCCUGAACCGGUGAGCUCCCCUGCGCCCGGCAACCAUGACAUGCCAAGGGCUGCCCGGUGGCACGAUGUUGUCAAAAGGUUUAGCACCAAGCACGCGCACGCAGUGUUCAUGUCACCAAAGGAGUUUGAGUGGAGGCCCUAUGGAAGUUGCAGUUUUUUUGCUCUGCAGCCAGAAACCAGUGGCUCUUGGGUCCGCAGCCAGGAUAUUGCAACAAGUGAAGCGCUCUUGUCCUUUGCGCGGUGUUUGCAUGCUUGUGAGCUUGUCGGCAUGAACUGCAUUGAGUUGUACAGUCCUCAUCGUGUUGCAAGGCAGCUUGGCUUCGAUCAGGACAUUCCCAGGAUGGUUCCCUGCGCAAGCUCAGAUCUGGAGAAAGCAUGGGAUACAUACAACAUAGAGGCCGAAAGUUCUGAGUUUAUCGUGCCAAAUCACGAGCCUGGUGUGACGGUUCAGUAUGAACGGUGGUGGAAGCCUUACUCAUCAGCAUGUGGCACUGCCGUUUCUGAUGCUGCAAAGAUGAAAGAUCGCCGUGAUUUUGUUACUCCGGUGAAAAGAAAAACAGAAGGGGUUCCUGCAGCUAAUUCAGGCAAAAAGCGGCAUGUGGACCCUGCCACCCGGGGCCGGCCGCCCCACAUACUGACUGGUUCUAAUGUCUACCCAUCCCACUCCUCAGCCAGCCAGGCAGCAAGAAGGCGAGCUGCGGCAAUGCCAGGGUUUGUUCUCCGUGCUUGUCCGCCCCACCUAAGAUUUAAAGCAAUGCCCGCCACUGCUGCCACUGGGAUGCCUCAGCCUGCGCCAGAUGCAUCCAGUGAUCCGCUUGAUCACAUUCCUCUUUCUGAAAAGCUCAAUAGCAUUACUAAGAUGCCUAAGCAGCACCUCACAGAAUGUUUGGUGAAGGGUGGUGACCAGGAGCAAAAUGUUGGAAGCAUGCAACCAAGAUCUGCAAGUGUUGGAUCAAAGAAGGAAGUUUUACACAAAGAUGUUGGGCAAGCUUUGGCUGAUGUAGUUGGUGGAUCGUCCGAUGGGCCAGUUACUAAAAAGGCACAGGGCAUAUGUUCCCAACAAAGUAGAGAGGAGAAUCUUAAUAUCUCCAGUGAGGAGAAUAAUAAUGAAAUAGAGAAUUGUGAUGUCCUGCUCCCUAAUAUCAUCCCUGGUGCAGUUAGUGCUGGAAGCAGUGAAGUUACUGGAGCUAGGACUGAAGUUGAUAUGCUGCCGACACAUGAAGACUGCUUGGUGAUCAGUGAUGAUGAAGAGUGUGAUAAAUCAAAUGGCAAGGAAUGUCAGGUUAAUGCAAUGCUUGUGAAAUCUGUGGGAAACAGAAACACCCAGCUUGCUGAUGCAAGAAACGACAUGCAGGACAGCCAAGUUGUGGAGAAAAUGGCCGCACAAAGAAAUCAUGUUAGCAUUGUUGAAAUCAGUGAUGAUGAUCUUGAUGAAGAAGUGGGCAAGGAAGAUAUGGUAUUUGAUGAAGCAACGAGCAAGGAAGAUGGAUUGGAUAUGCAUCUGAAGUCCCCCAAGAUAGAAGCAACAUGGUCCAUCUUACAAGAACCUAAUGAAGAGUGUGAUAAAUCAAAUGGCAAGGAAUGUCAGGUGAAUGCAAUGCUUGUGAAAUCUGUGGGAAACAGAAACAACCAGCUUGCUGAUGCAAGAAACGACAUGCAGGACAGCCAAGUUGUGGAGAAAAUGGCUGCACAAACAAAUCAUGUUAGCAUUGUGGAAAUCAGUGAUGAUGAUCUUGAUGAAGAAGUGGGCAAGGAAGAUAUGGCAUUCGAUGAAGCAACGAGCAAGGAAGAUGGAUUGGAUAUGCAUCUGAAGUGCCCCAAGAUAGAAGCAACAUGGUCCAUCUUACAAGAACCUAAUGAAGAAAAUCAGCUGGUUGGCGAAACAAACGAUGAGCAGGACAACCUAGUAGUGAAGGAAGUUACAGUGCAAAACAAGCGUGAUUGUGAACUUGCAAGUGUUCCAAAUAACAUAACUCUCAGACAAGAGCAAGAUUUAUUAACUCAUGCCGCUACUAUUCAAAUCAAUGAUGGCCUCUUAGAAGGACCAACUGAAGAAUUGCAUACAUGUACUGCCACAGGAGAUUUUGACAAUACAGACAAGGUGUCCAAGGAAAAAAAUGGUUCUCUGGAUUGCAACGAGAAAGGAAAUGAAGGUAACUUAGUGUCAAACCGAGAUUUAGAAUCUCCUAUGGAAGAUUUCACAGGAGCCAACAGAAAUGGAUCAGGAGACAGUGAGAGGUCCUCUAGCAGGAUGUUAAAUGGAAAUACUGAACUUAUUAGCAGUGAAGUUUGCACUAAAACGCUCUACUAUCUUAGUCGGUUUGAUCGGGUGAGAGAUGCUUGGGACAAAGAUGCAAAUAGUACAGGCACCGAUCAAGAUGUUUACUUGCCAAGGAGAGCAGUUGGUACAAUGGAAAUGAUAAAAAAGGCAUCUGCGAUUCGACAUGCCGAAAUUGCUGAGUUGAAGAAAAAGAUUCAUAAUUUGAAGGAACAGAUUCUGGUGCUAGAGGGAGCUGGGCAAGGGGAGCCCCCGAAUAGAAAAACACAACUUGAAAUAUACUAGCAUAUUGCUAUUUAUAAGACACUAAACGUGUCCUGAUGAUUAAGUUUAGUAAUAGAAUAGGCUAGCCUUGCUGGUGAAAUUAGUCUCUUUUGUGGACUGUAGCUAUCGAUUGUCGACUUUGUCCAAGGAUCCAAGUACUGAAAUAACAGCAGCGCUUCAAUCCAGUUAGGCUCCUAUUACUAGUUCGUAGGAUGGACGGACUAGUAAAUAGUAAUUAAUUACGUGAUCUGCCUUUAUAUAUGGAAUAGAAGUGCUACUGUUCUUGA